CGUAGUGGGUGUGUUGCUUUGCUUUAUGUUUUUAGUUCCGUAAAAUUUUGUGUAACAAAAACAUAGUGUUAGAUCUUAUUCCUAUUAUUAGUUUGAAAACUUUAAUUUUAAUAGGAUAGUAGUGUAAACAAAUUAGUAAUUCGUCUUUUGUGUGACUGCAAUCCAAAAAAAAUUCUUUGAUUUGUGAUGAGUUAUUUACACGGAUUGUUUUCGUUUGUGAUACUUAUGGACAUAGUAAAUAUCAAAUUAAGUUAACGAGUUGUAGAGUUAAACGUUUGCGAAUCAUUAUCAUUAUGUUAAACGAAGGCAUUAAUCAAAUUAACGUGAAAAUUGUGUGCGUUUACUUGGAAAAUGGAAGUGGUUUGUGAACGCAGUUCGUUAUUUGAAAUUGAACUUUGCUAUGUCGUCUCCGUGCCAAAAAGGCGGGAUGCGCCUGAGCGAAGCCUUAGACAACAUACAGCUUGCUUAUAAUCCUAUUACAAAACAGUUGCAUUUUGUGAGCCCUAAGGUCGAAAAAGCUACUGAAGAUGAUAUCGACAAGCUGUCCAAGAAGAGUAGUUUCAGUGAUGAAGGUAACUUUUCUAUAUCAACUUGUGAGAAAAGUGAUACUAGUGAUUCACCAAAGAGUACUCUUCAAUGGGGCAGUGUGAGUGGACACCACCGUGGCAAAGAUGGUGGAUCAUUUUCCAGUACCGUGUCAAGUUUGUCCGAGUGUUCUUUGGGGUCUAGUGAGUCAAAGGAUGACCUUCCGGAAGUAGGUGUUCAAGAACAUGGAAAGUUGAAGAAGAAAGGACUGUCGGGAUUUUUUAGCAGAGGUGUUUUCCCAUGGAAAAGCAGUUCAUCAACCAAAAGCCAAGACUCCAGCGUUGGCUCAUCUUGGCGUUUGUUCAGCAGUAAAUCCACCUGCAACCUCGAUAAGAACCACACCACCGAAGUUCAGAAGUCGCUGACGCCUGCAUCAUCAGCCGCUAACACUCCUCAUCACCACAAGAGGCAGGGCAGCUCGGCCAGCGAGAAGCAGUUUGAUGAUCUGGUCGCCAGUUCUAUAGCUCUCAUACAACAUGAUAGACCUUCGAAUCUCCCAGCGAAAUGCACAGAAGAGGCGCUCAGGCACAAGGCGGAACACGCACGUAUGGUAGAGGCGGCGAGGCGUAGGGUCGAGCGCGAGGCGGCCGCGAGGCAUGCGCGACUGCAAGAGUCGCUACGUAUGGAGGAACGCCUCGCGAGGCACGCGCGAGAAUGGACACAGAACAUAUUACCUGAUUGGUCUAACAUGAAGAACAGCAAACGCACCCUCGAACUGUGGUGGAGUGGGCUUCCCCCGGCCAUCAGGGGCCGAGUCUGGCAACUGGCCAUCGAGAACAAACUCAAAAUAUCCCAUGACAAUUACCAGGAUUACGUUACCAAAGCGAAACAGAAACUACACGAGGCACAGUUAAGGAGAAAAAGAUUAAAAAUCAACUCAAAAAACACGUGUAACUGCAAGAAGGAAGAUAAAAUCGAAGAUCAGAAAGUAGACGACAGAUUGUCCGCCGACGAAUUCGCCAGGACCGACGAAAGGUCCUCGAAAAGAUCGUCGAAAACUGACGAUAGUAACGAGAAAUCUGACAAAAGGUUGGGUUUGCCCAGGAACUUUAGCGAGCAGAAUCUAAAGACAUUAACAGUCGAUCCGCCAAAGAAGUGUUGCUCGAAAUCCAAUCCGAAUCUACUGGAUUACAGUGACGAGUGUUCAAUGGAGCUGAUACAGCUGGAUAUAGCUAGGACUUUCCCACACCUGUGUAUAUUUCAGCCAGGCGGGCCGUAUUUUGAUGUGUUACACGAGUUGCUGGCGGCUUAUGUGUGCUACAGGCCAGACGUUGGGUAUAUCCAGGGAAUGUCGUUCAUAGCGGCUGUGCUGAUACUCAACAUGGAGGCGCCGCAAGCGUUCGUCUGCUUCGCGAACUUGCUGGACGGGCCGGUACUCCGAGCCGCCUUUACUAGGGACGGUGAUACUAUGCAGCGUCUCUGGAAAGCCUACGGAACCCUCCUGCAUCACAACCUACCGUCCCUGGCGGAUGUGCUGGCUCCAGAGCUGUACUUACUCGAGUGGUUGUACACCGCGUUCGCGAAAGCCAUGCCUUUGGACGCAGCUUGCAGAGUGUGGGACGUGUUCCUACGAGAUGGCGAUACCUUCCUGUUUAAUACGGCAUUGGGCAUCCUCCACCUAUACCAGGAUGAGCUCAAAGACAUGGACUUCAUAGCCGCAGCGCAGUUCCUCACCAAACUCCCCGAGGACCUGGACCCCGAGGCGCUGUUCAGAAGCAUAUCCUCUGUAAGCAUGACCCUAGACGGCAUGUCCUUCGAGGAGCUGGUCUCCUGUUCCAGUCUGGACGAAGACGUCAGUGCAAGGUUAUGAUACUAUGCCGGCGAGUUUUGGACGGACAUACUCCAACUUAAAUUCAUCUGGAGGUGAUAAGUUUAGUAAUAAUCCGAUUUAUAACGUGUGGGUUUUUGUCGGUGUAUACCCGACUAUUUGGGAACCCGGCUGAAUUUUUGCUUUUUUCUAAGUUCGCUGUAUUAUUUUGGGAACAUUCUACUUUUAUAUUCGAUCAAGUUAUACUUUACUAAGAUCGAUUCGUAUAGGAUCGACACACCGCCAUCUAGUGAUAAUACUGUUUCCCAGUAUUAUAACUAGAAUGCCACAUUCGAGUCUUCUCCGUUUUGCCAUGACCAAUGGGGGUCCUCGAAGCUACGUCUCCUUGUCCAAAGUUUUGCUCACUGGCAGACUCUGCUUCCUGGACUUUGUUUUCAGCCUAACUAGGGGGCCAUCUUGUGGUAAUACUGCUUCCCAGUAUUGUGGCAGUACUGCUUCCCAUUUUUGUGGCAAUACUGCAUCCCAGUAUUGUGGCAAUACUGCUUCCCAGUAUUGUGGCAAUACUGCUUCCCAGUAUUGUGGCAAUACUGCUUCCCAGUAUUGUGGCAAUACUGCUUCCCAGUUAUGUGGCAAUACUGCUUCCCAGUUUUGUGGCAAUACUGUUUCUCAGUAAUGUGGCAAUACUGCUUCCCAUUAAUGUGGCAAUACUGCUUCCCAGUAUUGUAUUUAAAGGGCCCUCUUUCAAUUCCAUACAAAUCAUUGUUAACUAUGACGCGAUCGAAGAGUUAGAAAAUCCCACACUGGGCACUCUGGACUUUUGUUGUCUUCACAAAUAAUUAGAUUUAGGUCAAGUGGGUUUUUAUUGGAGCACACUUUACUAGCUGCAACAUGGGUCUUUAGGUAUCAAAGAUUACAUCAUUUCACUAUCUAUAAUCUAUCUCGAUUCACCUUGAGUUAAUCGUCAUUAUGUCAACCGAUGGACGUCUAAUGCUGGACAUAGCUCUUUUGUAGGGAUUCGAGCACAACGGUUUUGUACUGAUUCUGUUCUGGGACUGUUUUGUCGUCUUUACGUUUUCCUUUGUAAUGUCACUAUUCCAGCUCCUUUGAACUCCAACCAGUGGCAUGCAAUACGUACAUACACAAAUGCACUGCUUACCCUAAAAUACAUAAGUCAAGUUUUUUUACUAGCCAUAUUUCUUCUUUAUGCCUACCCUGGUCAGAGAACUCGUGCACGCCAAUGACUCGUACCAUCAUUCAUCCGAUCUAAUUGCCACAUUAGCGUCACAACUUUCUAUAUCCAGUUCCUUCUAAAGAUCUUUUGGUUUGAUCAUUUAGAUAUACUCCGAGCAUGACUCUGUAUUGUGCACAGAGUGACUCUGAGUGCCUAGUCUGACUUUUUUUACCUACAUCAACCAAUACGUUCGCGUGAAAGCUAAUGUUAAGAACGCCAUCUAGUGACAAUUCUGUUUCCCAGUAUUGUUCUUAGAUGGCGCUUUUCGAUUCAAUACAAAACUUAGUUUACUUUCACGCGAUCGAAUACGUACAAAACUUCUACUAGGCACCCAGAACUUUCUUAUGUGGCUUACAAGUUAGCGAUCACUUUUCGGAGCUAUAAGUCAUUAUUGCCAACAUGUAUCUAGAACUUUUUAAAUAAAGAUAAAUUUUCUCCUCUAUCUCAAAUUAUAUUAAAUUUCAUGUCUAUAUAUUAUAACUAAUAAUAAACUGUGUGUAAAUAUUCUAUCAAUAAAAUUAUGACGAUCUAUCACAAGCCUAUAAUAAUAAUGUUAUAAUGAAUCUUAGUUAGAUAUAUUGAAAUAGAUAGAUAUUCAAAAUAAUAAAUUUUAGCUACUAAUUUUUUAUAGGUAGCCCUCGCAAACAUAUCAUAUUGUUCUAUUAGUUGGGUACCAUAAGGGCGUUCUUGUACAAUCCACCGCACUGCAUGAUAUGUGUUAACAUCACACCACGUUUAAUAGCGUUUUGUGUCAUCCGGGGAAGUACUGCCGCCAUGCUUAUUUCUGCCGCUAAGCAGCAUUUGCAAUGAUGAGUUCCGGCCGGUGUAAUUUGCUUUAUGCGGUUACACCGAAAUGCUGCUUAGCGGCAAAAAAAACAUUGCGGCAGAAUUGCUUCGGACGAGCUCAGCCACAGAAAGCUCCACUGGUCGUGCCGUACGGUAGCUCGUGUUAAAUACCUUUAGAGCCUUGCAAAUAAACUUGAAAUAACAUCCAAAUAGUUAUUGAGUGGUUUUUCAUGCUCUGCCAUUUAAAAGGUGCUGUCAGUUGUAGUGAGACAGAACUCUGGAUAACUAUUACUUCACGUUAAUUUGUAAAGCUUAGUGUUAGAUUUGAACUCGUAAUCUUACAGUCGUUUUUGAGUAGCGAAACACUAUUAACUACAAAGAAAAUUGGACCUAAUAAACCUUCUAUACAACUAAAUUCUUUGCAUCUAAUUUUCGCUUGAAGUAGCUAUGGUAGCUCUGCAUAUGUAUACGAAAUUCAGCCCUAGAGCAAAUAUAAUUAGGUCCAGUUUACUCUGGCAUUACAAUUUUUUGAUACUUAAAAAUGACUGCGAGCAUGCACAUCUCUUAAGUACAGAAAUAUAAGAGAUUAUCUUUCGAUAAUCGAUUUGAGAAAAUCAAAAAUUUAAAUUGUUUGGUAUUUCCUCGCCUUAAUUUUACAUCAGCAAUAUAUUUGAACCAACCUCGACUCAAUAGCCUGUAACGUGGUAGUAGGACAUAGAACACUGCUGCCCGCUUUCUGUUACAUUCCUUUAGUCGCCUCGUACGAAAACCGCGGGAAGAGAAGGGGUGGUGACAUCUGUAUCCUAUAUGGGGUAUACCACAUCAAUCUAAAUAAAAAUAAAUUGUAAAUAAUAUUAUAGGAAAUCGUCAAUUAAAAAUAUAAUAUUAAUGUAUGAUAAUUAUUAUAGUAAUUCGUAAUGUAACAAAACCAACGAGUAGUGACCGGCCUAAUAGUUAAUGAAUCGAAUGAUCUUUCGACGCAUAAUCUUAACUCUAGUUUAUAUCUAUUGUAAUUUAAAAAAAAAACUAUUUAUUGCUCGAUUGAUGUAAAAUAAAAGUUUUAUUUCAAAAAUGCUUUUAAAAUACUUAUAGAGGUGUUUUUGGUAAAAUACCGCAUUUCAUAAAGUUGGAAUCCUUACGAUAAAUGCAAUAACUAGUUAGUUUCGAUUAAUUCUGUUUCAAAUGGUAUAUAAAAUAAUGACUAACCUUUCUACUCUAAAGUUAUGUCUAUCGUGAGCCCUAUAUCACAGACCCAAUAAUUCAAAUUCAAAAAUUCUUUAUUCUUGUAGGCCUAUCACAGGCACUUAUGAAGCGUUCAUA